GCCAAUUUCAAAUACCUGGCGGAGGCGGGAAAGGCGCCGUCGGGCUACAGCUCGCAGAAAUUGGACUCUGCCUUUAUCAACAGAAUAUCGUCGGAGAUCCAAGUCAAGAUGGCUUCAGAGGAGGCAUACCCUUGGGUGUGCCCAUGUGGACGCCUGAACAAAAAGACAGCGAAUCUUUGUGCAUUGUGCUGGGGGCAUUGGACGAAAGGUUUCAAACACGAUGUCACUCCGAAGAAGAGCACAUAUGCUGGGGACUCGCAAUGGACAAAUUCGUGGGAAAAGUGGGAAGAGUGGCCGGAAGGCUGGAAUACAUCAUCAGACUGGGAAGAUUGGGACGAGUCCGCAAGUGCUGGCCGAGCUGGUUCACAAUCGCCCAGAGCGAGGCAGCAUCAGCAAGAUGCUCAGUCGCCAAGAGGUCGAAUGACCAAAGGGAAAGGCAAAGGGAAGUGGAAAGGAAAGGGGAAAGCAAAAGGAGAGCAAAUGGCGAAUCCGUUUGCCUCUGGAAAAGGAGCCUCGUCUUCCUUGCCACAAUGGCCAGCUUGGGAGACUCCGGAAGUUGCAGUCUCUCCAUUCCAGUCAGCUCAAUCGAGCAAAAAUUCCACUAUGCAGGAGAUGGCGUCUCAUUUGCGCUUGGCCUACAAAGAAAGGGACACACCCACAGAGGUUCAGGCCUUUCUGGACAAAGCCGACAAAGAGUACAGCAGAAACAACAUCAAGUCGCUCCAUGCAGCCACCAAGAGCCUAGAUCAUGCUCAGAAGGCACUGAGGGAUGCAGUCAACGCCAAAAAGGAUCACAGAUUGCAAUGGACAAAGCAUGUCAGCGAAGGGAUCAAGAUAUGGGAGGCACAGCUGGAAAGCUAUCGUGUUCACCAGUCGACCCUGGCGGAGCAUGCUGCACGUGCACGAGCAGAAAUAGAGGCAUCUCGGAAGGUUCUCAAAGAAGUGAGCGACAACACCGUGAAAGAGGGCAAUCUAUCGAUUCCGCAGCCGAUUCAGGAAGAGGCAGAAGAUGUGGCCAACGAAAACAGCGUCGACCCCGAGGAGCAGAAGCUGAGAGACCAGCUCCAGGGAGUCUUGAACGCUUGUGCCGGGUCGCUUGGUCUCCAAUCGGCUCCACAGGAAAUUCAGAUAGAGGCCUCAGAGGACGAGAAAGAUCAAGCUCCCCACAGCAAAAGGCCGAGAUCGGUAGAACCCAUGAAGCCUGCCGCGGAUCAAACUCGAAGUUUGGCAACAGACCUCAUUGUUGGUGGAGAUGCGGUCUCAAUGAUGCAGACUGCACAGGUCGAUAGUGGCAAUGCUGAGCAAGAUGGCAACAAUCCUGAAGUUGACUUUGAAGAUGCAAUGCUUAUGCAAGGCUUCAUGUCGGGCUUGGCCCUGUUACAGCUUGAAGCAAGGGUCAAGCGUCGGUCCUAUGAAGCACAUGACGAAGAAUUGAAAGGAGGUCUAAGCGUCAAAACAGGACAUCUUGCGUCGCAGAUUGUGGUUUGUGCUUGGGAGGUUAAUCAGGGCAAGAUUGAGAUUGAACUGCACAGUGGACGCCGACUGCAAGGAUGCCUUGCAGGCCUCACCACCUUA